UUGAUAUUUCAACCCUUUCAUAACACCUGAUAUUUCCUCGAAAAAACCCUGAUCUUAUCUAAAAGAAUGGAGCAAAGAGUUGGCCCAAAACCUGGUAGUUCAAACAUGAGUACUGAACAAAAGAAAAAGGCGAUGGCUAUUAAAUAAUUCUAAGUCAAAGUACUCUUCUAAGAAUUGGAGACUUUAACAAAGCAUCCAAAUCUCUGAGCAGCAUUGCGGAAAGAGUUUCAUUCUCCUUCAUUCUUGAAGCAGCCUCUGAAUAAUAGUUUGGACUUUGAAAGGUCCUGGUAAUUAGUUGUGAACUUGAAGCAUGGUUUUCAACAGAUGUUCGCACACCAUUGUGUCAGCUUUUGUUGUUGUUCUGAUAUGUUCUCAUGCGGUGGCAUACGACCCUCUGGAUCCAACUGGGAACAUAACCAUCAAAUGGGAUGUAAUGUCUUGGACUCCAGAUGGUUAUGUGGCAGUGGUAGAUAUGACCAACUUCCAAAUGUAUCGGCCGAUCACGAGCCCUGGCUGGAAAUUAGGAUGGACAUGGGCUAAGAAAGAAGUGAUUUGGGCAAUGGUUGGGGCACAGACUACUGAACAAGGAGACUGUUCCAAGUUCAAAGGAAACAUCCCUCAUAGUUGUAAGAGAAAUCCUGAAGUAGUUGAUUUGUAUCCUGGAGUCCCUUACAACCAACAAAUAGCCGAUUGCUGCAAAGGCGGCAUUGUGGCAUCAUGGGGACAAGACCCUUCUGCUGCAGUUUCUUCCUUUCAGCUAAGUGUUGGAAGUGCUGGUACUACAAAUAGAACAGUGAGACUGCCAAAGAAUUUCACUCUUCUUGCUCCUGGAAAAGACUACAUAUGCGGCCCUGCAAAAAUUGUGCAACCCACAACUUUUCUCUCAGCUGAUAGGCGUCGAAUAUUUCGAGCAAUGAUGACAUGGACUGCGACAUGUACUAAUACAAAGUCCCUGACUCCUCAUAAGCCAACCUGUUGCGUCUCAAUCUCAUCUUAUUACAAUUCUAAGGUCACCCCUUGUCCAACCUGUUCCUGUGGCUGCCAGAAGAAUAAAAGUUGUGUCAAGAGUGCUGUGGGAAAGAAAAAAUCAACCGGUAAUGCACCAUUGCUGCAGUGCACAAAACAUAUGUGCCCCAUUAAGGUGCAUUGGCAUGUGAAGAACAACUCCAAGGAGUACUGGCGUGUGCAGAUUUCGAUCACCAAUUUCAACUACCGAUUCAAUUACACACAGUGGACACUUGCCGUUCAACAUCCGAAUCUCAACAACGUCACUAAAGUAUUCAGCUUUGUCUACAAGCCAGUUCGGCUCCCAUACAAGUCAACAAUUGACACUGGCUUGUUUUACGGUAUCAAAUCCUAUAAUAAUGUGCUAAUGGAAGCUGGAGCAGAUGGGGAAGUUCAUUCAGACUUGAUUCUUGGAAAGGAUAUAAAAACAUUCACAUUUAAGCAUGGUUGGGCAUUUCCCCGGAGACUCUACUUCAAUGGGGAUGAAUGCUUAAUGCCAUCUCCUGCAGACUAUCCACAGUUGCCAAACUCUACGCAUGCAAAUUCAAUUGCUUAAUCUCCAAUGGCUGUUCAAUAAAUGUUUUGCUUUCUAUGUUUCUAAAGAUUUAAACGGGAAAAGAUGAGUGUCUUCCUGGUUUUCAUGACAAUUUCUGUAGGAUAUGUGACUUGUUAAAUGGGGUUCAAUAAGAAAAUGGAAUAAUUUUACAAUUUUUAUGAUGUGCUCGCUGUCCACUGAAAUAGUAGGGAGCAGCCACAUAGAAUUUUCCUAAAUGUUUCCCCAGCUUAGGGAAGGCUUUGCAAUUUUUAGAACUCUAAAGUCUGGACAAAAAUGGAGCCAGAGAAAGAAUUUCAGAAGCUAUUUGCUUCAGGACAGUUAUCUCUUAUCCCAAUACAGCACAAUCAGUGAU